CAGUUGCCGUUCACCGAGUAUAGAAACAUCAGCCGGUGGUGUACAGUCUCACGUCAUAAGCGAAGAAGUUGCUGGGUGCCUCUGCGCCUGCCCGUCAUCUGUUCGAGGAAUUGCCUCUGAAGAGGAGGCUAUGGCUUCGGUAGGCAACAACGUGGCGGGAGGGCUCGAAGCAGGGCUUAUCAAGCCCGGCAGCGUCGGCAGUGGGCUCAGCAAGGAGACGCGCCAUGGACACGGGCGCACCGCGCACAACAUGUCGUCUUCUUCGCUUCGAAAGAAAUCGGACGUCACGCUCGUUUCCAAGGUUCGGUGGGAGAUUCUUCGAAAUUUCUUGGCUAACCUACAGGAGAUUUUCCUCGGGACGAAGCUUUUCGUUCUGUUUCCGGCGGUUCCGCUCGCCAUUGUCGCACAAAGCUUUGGCCUCGGACGCGCAUGGGUAUUUACAUUAAGUUUGCUAGGCCUCACUCCUCUUGCAGAACGAGUUAGCUUUUUGACUGAGCAAAUUGCUUUCUACACUGGCCCUACUGUGGGGGGUCUACUAAAUGCGACAUGUGGGAAUGCAACAGAGCUUAUUAUAGCUUUGUUUGCACUGUACAAAGGUAAGAUUGACGUUGUCAAGUUCUCCCUGAUUGGCUCAAUCCUCUCCAAUUUGCUGCUUGUUCUUGGCACCUCCCUCUUCUGUGGCGGCAUUAUUAACCUCCGUAAGGAGCAAACUUUUGAUCGGAAACAAGCUGAUGUAAACACGAGCCUUCUGAUGCUGGGUGCUCUUUGCCAUAUGCUUCCACUGAUGUUCAGAUAUGCUGUGAGCUCUGGCGAGGACAUCGGAUCUUCUUCACCAACACUGACAUUGUCAAGGGUAUGCAGCAUUGUUAUGCUAGUUGCCUACAUUGCUUACCUUUUCUUUCAAUUGAAGACCCAUCGCCAGCUUUUUGAGUCACAAGAGGAAGAUGAGGACAAUGAUGAUGUGGUUUCUGAAGAUGAAGCAGUCAUUGGAUUCCCUAGUGCAUUAGCUUGGCUGGUUGGCAUGACAAUCGUUAUCGCAAUUCUUUCGGAAUAUGUUGUUGGAACGAUUGAGGCUGCAUCAAAUUCUUGGGGCAUAUCUGUUAGUUUCAUUAGCAUCAUAUUACUACCCAUUGUCGGGAAUGCAGCAGAACAUGCUGGUGCCAUCAUCUUUGCACUCAAGAACAAGCUAGAUAUAACUCUCGGAGUGUCGUUGGGUUCAGCAACUCAGAUUUCCAUGUUUGUGGUUCCAUUAAGCGUUAUUGUAGCGUGGAUAAUGGGCAUUCAAAUGGAUCUUGAUUUCAGAUUACUGGAGACUGGUGCUCUUGUUGUCUCAAUUUUGUUGACAUCGUUUGCUUUACAGGAUGGAUCUUCACACUAUCUCAAAGGUUUUGUUCUUCUUCUUUCUUACAUUGUUAUCGGGGCAUGUUUCUUUGUACUCGGGAGCCCACCAGGCAAUGGUAAUGGUGUCAACGUCAAUUCAAUCCCUGCAACUUUCAGCACUGUGGAGGCUUAGUAGGCUGGAAGAUUUUCUGGCCCUCUGUUGGAGAUACAGAUGUAUGCUCAUCAGCUUCGUGGUAGUUUGGUAGCGAGAAGCAGCCUAGUUUGUGGCCGAAAAUUUGAACAUUUUGGAGGGUCAAUUUUGUCCUCCAAAGACUCUUUUUGGACGGAUAGAGAGGAUCAGCUCUUGUAUGUGAUUUCCAUUGCUUUUGUAUAUUAUUAUUGGUUUUCUUUGUGGAUGAUAAAGAAACCUAAAUUUCCUUAGUAUAAAAGUGUUUUUCUUUUUGCUUCCUUAUUUUCCUUU